AUGUUCUAUAAUGGACGUGCACGAUCUGGCUUGAUUGUUCCUCAAUGUGGAAAUGGAAAAUCUUUAGUUGGCGUUACAGCUGCUUUUACAAUAAAUAAACCUUGUCGUGUACUUUGUAAUUCGAAGAUUUCUGUUGAACAAUGGAAACAACAUGGUCCAUGGCUAAUGACUCCAAUGAAGCAGAAAAUGAUACGCAUUGGCCUAUUACUGGUGUUUCAAUUAAACAUAAUUUCCAUAAUAAUUACUCAAAUAACCGGUGACACAGAAUCUAGCAAUUUUUGCACAGAUAAUACGGAAACGUUGAAACUGAAGAUUCAAACAGGAAACGAAUGGUUAGCUGGCACGGAUGAUGCUAUCAACCUUCUUCUUCGUAGUGCGAACGGUCUCAUUUGUCGAGUCCAUAACUUGGACAACUGGGGGAAUGAUCGUGAGCGAAAUAGUAUUGAUAAGUACUCUGUCUGUUGUCCAGAAGGAUUUUCGAAUGAUAAACGCGAGCUGAGUAUGUUUGCUUUGGCUCAUGUGCCACCAGUUGGAAAAAAUGGACGUGCAACAAGUGGACAACAUAAUCGAGUGGUUAGUUCUUCGAAUGCUCAUAAUGAUUAUCAUAGUAAUCAUCCAUCAUUACAUCAACAACCUUUAACACUUGACUUUAUGUUACCAUUAUGGAUGUUACAUGGAAAACUAAAUCAACGAGCGAAUAAUGGAUGUAGUGUAUUUAAAGCAGCGUUGCAUGUUAGUGUAUCGAAUGCUCAACAUUCAGAUGAUAUGCUAUUUGCUCAAAGUAACGAUAAAAAAUUAACGCAUCCACUAGAUUCAAAUUUUACCUAUGUUGUACUCAGAUAA